AUGCUUUCUUCAACCUCCGCCACCUCCUCCUCCACCAAGAACUUCGUCUUCAGCCAGCAUUGCCUCACUCAAAAGAAUCUGUCUGAAGACUUCUUCAUCAUCAUCAUGGCUCAAUCUGAAACUUGUCUCAUCAACUUGCGUUACCAAGAUGGCAGUGAGGGAAGCCCCUCCAACCCUGCCAAGUUCAAAAAUCAGGACUUCGCUCAGAUAAAAGAUUACUGCCUCCGCAAAGGAGGGCUAUUUGUGGACAAUGCGUUCCCACUUAACGGUCGUUCUUUAGGUGACCUGCCUAAUAUGAGUCCCUCACAGGAGAGUGAAGUGAAAUGGCUUCGACCAGCAGAUUUAUUGAGAGAACAAAGAAACAAGGAUAAGCCUGUUUUCUGUACAGAUGGUACAUCACGAUUUGACUUUGGACAAGGUGAAGUGGGUAACUGCUGGUUUUUGUCUGCAAUAUCUGCACUGACCUUCCAAGAAAAUCUGAUGGCACAAGUUGUGCCAACGGACCAGUGCUUUGAGGGCUAUGCAGGAAUAUUUCAUUUCAGGUUCUGCAGGUUUGGAAAGUGGGUAGAUGUUGUUAUUGAUGACAAUCUGCCAACAAUCAACAAGCGGUUACUGUCUGUGUCCUCAAAAUGUGGAAAUGAGUUCUGGGCUCCUCUGCUGGAGAAGGCAUAUGCCAAACUUUGUGGCUCGUAUGCAGACAUGCAUGCUGGGUUUCCAUCAGAAGCCUGCAAAGAUUUCACUGGAGGUGUGAACCAGACUUACAAACUGAAGGAGAUGAACUCAGCAGGUCAUGGUGAUCUUUGGCUCACAUUAAACAGAGCAACUCAGUGCCAAUCACUGAUUUGUUGUUGGACUUACCACAAAGAGGGUGCUUUGGUCUCUGACACGGGAUUGGUGAAUGGGCAUGCCUAUUCUGUCACAGAUGUCACUGAGGUGGAAUUAAACGGCUCCAAAGUACGACUGGUGCGAGUCAUGAACCCAUGGGGCAAACGGGAGUGGAACGGAAAAUGGAGCGACAAGUCAGAUUUGUGGAAUAAAGUAAGGCCAGAGGUUCGAAAAAAGUGUUUUGACCGUGACGACGGAGAGUUCUGGAUGCAAAUGGAGGACUUCUGUUCCUAUUUUGCUUAUGUAUCCAUCUGCUGUGAGACCCCUAACUUUACUGAUGGCGACUUUAAAUGUCAGUGGAAAUGCAUGAUUUACGAUGGCAGCUGGGCAGCAGGGAAAUCUGCAGGUGGUGCUGUGAAUCACUCCACCUUUGCAACAAACCCUCAGUAUCGCAUCCAGGUGAGUGUUAUAGACAAGAAGGAGCCAGGAGACAAAAACAUCGUGCUCUCCUUGAUGCAGAAACCGCAUCAGGGGAAUCGCAAAGAGAUACGCCUCCACCCAGCUGGGCUUACCAUCUAUAAGACCCCACAAGGACGCCUGCAACACGAUUUCUUUCAGAGGAACAGGCCUGUGAAGGCACAGCAGGCUUACAGCUAUGAGAGAGAUCACACUGAACUCCACAGUUUGGAACCUGGAGAGUAUGUGAUCAUCCCAUCCACCUUUAACCCCAACAUGACUGCAGAUUUCAUUCUCACUGUCUACACCAAGACUGACAUUAAGAUCAGCCCCUAUAAUGGAGGAGAUGAUGAUGAAGAUGAUGACCGUCUUUCUGAGAUCCAUGACAAAGACAAGGAGAAAGCCACUGAUGAGGAUCCAAACCACAGCUUAUUUAAACUCUACGCUGAUCAGCUCGAUCAAAGGAUGACGAUGACCUUCGCUGAAUUCUCAAUUCUCUGGAAGAAGGUUCAAGAAUACAAGAAUCUCUUCCAUCGCUGUGAUGUGAAUAGAAAUGGAUCCCUGUCUAACCCUGAGCUCCAGAAGGCGAUUGAAGCUGCAGGAAUGGAUGUGAAUGAUGCCAGUGUGGGGCUGAUGAUGUUUCGGUAUUCAGGCUUCUCCAGCACCUCUUUAGAGGAGUUCAUCACCCUCAUGUUGCGCCUGGAUAAGAUGUCAGACAUUUUCAAGGGCAAAUCAUCUGAUGGUGUAAUCCACCUGAACUGGGAUGAGUGGUCUGUCAUCUCGAUGUAUAACUAG